CUAAAUCAAACUAAUAUCUCUUAUUCAAAGAGAUAGAUGAUGUCCUCUUUAAAAAAUACAAAUCAAAAGAGUAUUAAUUCAUAAACAUAACUUCUAAAUAAUUAAUAACUGUGACAUGUUUUUGUUGAUGAUUAAAAUUAAAUUGACAUACAGAACAUGUAUUUUAUUCACGUAACAUUAUCCAAUUACCCCAACUGUGACAUGUGUAUCAUUAGAAUACGACAUUAAUUAAUUCAAAAUAUUCUUUAAUUAAUAACCACACAAUCACUUUGUUUUCGAAGUUAUCUACAUUAACAGCAAUCAUCCAGAAGAGUAAAAAAUACUAUGGCAUAGAAAAGUGUGUAAAAUGUCAGGGAUUUUUUCACCAUGUGAAAUACCACAAGAUGCAAUCAAAGCAUUGCAUUACAUGAACUGUAGUGGAGUGGCAGCCAAGUGGCAUAUUCAACAGCGACCCAGAGAGGUGGUUUUCACAGUAAUAUGGGCAGCAAAAAACUCAAGGCUGAAGCUAAAGAACUAUUCACGCCCAUUAUGCGCAAGGCAAAUACACCACUGGACACAUCUUGUAGCAAGAAAAUCAAGACAAUUCUCAAAUUCAAGCAAGUCAGGAAAAGACACGAAACCAUAUGCAAUUGAUCCUAAACUGGACAGUAAAAUUGGUGAUGAAAUUGAAAAAUCUGAGGAAAAACUUUGUGAGAAUGAUACAAAGAUAGACAGAAAAUCCAGUAUUAACUAUCCCGAAAUGAAUGAAAAGUCUGACAAUUUUUCAAAUAAAAAAGAAAAUGCCAUUCAUUAUUCCAAUCUAAUGAAAGAGAAAUUAGCUAUUUGGGAUAAGGAUAGGAAUGAAAAAAUAAGACCUGAAACUCUGGAUUUGAUCUCUCCGAACAAAGGAGCUUCGGAAAAACAAAAAACAGAAUCUAAUGUCAUAACACAAAAUAUUGAAAAGAGACAGGUAAAUGGAGACUUCACUGAAGACUUUCAAUCACCUACUGGAGCUAUAUGGAGAAAGAACAGUGCCCCAAAUAUAUCCUCCAAUGUAAAACAUUGCCAGAAAUCUGCCAAAACUUUACGCAGAAGUGAUACAGUUGGUCCAUCCAAGUUACAUAUGGAAGAGACCAUUUCAGCAGAGGAUAUUGAAAAUGCCCCUGAGCCAGGAAAACCAGCUGUUAAACCAAAGAGAGGAGUGUAUAACAUUAUAAGUAUUUUGGAAAAAUAUAAAAAAGAGUUGAAUGAUUCUGGAGAAAGGGCAUUGAUACAUAAUGAUUAUAACAACGAUGAGUCCAAAGAUAAACCAACCAUCAAACCUAAACCUGCCUUUGUUCGAAUGCCAAGUAAGAUUAAUUUCAGUGCUUAUCUAAAACCAGGGCAAUGUAGUUCAUUUGACUCAAAUAGUUUAAUCAUGCCAAAACCAGACUGUAUCCCAAACAACAGUGACCAUAUUGUAAAAUCAGGUGAUGUCAUUUACAAGAGUGAAUAUAUGAAUACUAAUGUGCAAGAACCAGAAUGUUUUACUAACAAUGGUGACCAUGGUGAUGAUCACCACAUAACACAGCCAGAAGAUGUGACUCCCAACAGUCAACACCCAGAUGAUACGCAAACUGCAAAAUCUGACAAUAUUACAGAGAAAAAUCAUAAACACAAUGAUUAUGGUAAAACCUGGCCAAAAAGGUUAACAAAUCCAGUACAUAAAAACCCAGUGGAUUUCACAAAUGGAAAAGAUACAGUGAGGUCCCUUCCAAGAAUGAAAGUAGAACAAAUUCCAUAUUAUGAUCAGGAGCAUCUUGAUAAACAGACACCAAAAACAGCAUGUUCAAAUUCACAAACACCACCAAUAAUCAAUGGAAAAUAUCUUGAAAUGAAAACACCUAAAAAUGGAAUAGCUGAGAAUCCAAAGCUGCAACCUCAAAGAAGGAAUCCAUCGACCAUUGAACCUAGCAAUGGAUCAGUAUUGACAAUACAACGGAAAUCAAUCCAGGGACCGAUCCAGGCACCAACAAAUCAUGUCAAACAACAAACACUUAAAAUCAUUGAACCCAUUGGUUCAAUUCCUACACUAAACAGUAAAAUUAUCAGAAAACUUGUACAAAAGGUACAUAAAUCUAUGACAGUGGUUUCAAUCACAGAUGAUUGCAGUAUAGAUGGUGGAAAGCUUUGGCGAAUAGACACUACGAUGCCUGUCACUAGUAGAAGAAAACUCACCAGUGAGCUCGUAAUGCAUGGAGACAAUAUGUACAUACUUGAAAUAGAAGCAAUGACAGAUCUUUAGCCAGAUAACAAGUAUUAAAUAAUAUCCUAUUCGUAACUUUUAUAUGGACCUUUAUUCUAAAAUAAACAUUAUAACAGAACAAAUAUGAUAUAUCAUAGGAACAAAACUUAUGUACAAUUUUUUACAAACUUAUGGACAUACUCAGACAGCUAGGAAAGGCAAUAUGACCCAAUCUGAACUGACAUCUAAUUCAAACCAUUGAAAUACAUGUGGGAUAAAGACAAGAUGGACAUACUGAAGAGUGUUUAUGAAUGAACGACCACUAAACACCAAUCAUACCGAACUUGUUCUCACUACGUUAAUGAAAAUGUUGGUGAGCAAGGAUGUUUUGAGAACAAGUUUAGUCUGAAAAUAGCUCAAAGUAAAUAUCAAUCAACACUUUCCAAUAUUGUUAAUUAAUGAAAUAAAAUU